GGCAGACGGUGCGCCAUGGGCGGGAUCAGCCUCCACCACUAUAAAUAGGGCUGACGUUGAGCCGCCCCAGCAAACUGAAAGCUGAACCUUGGAACGUGGAGGAGGGUCUGUGGUCCGGAGCGGUGUGAGCGGUGCUGAGGAGGAGGCGUGGUGUGGGUGUCCUGUGCUGGGAAGCCCAACAGCAUGUGCUCAAUGCCAAUGCAGUGCCUGUAGGACUCCGGCACAACCAGGACAUCGACCACAGCUCUGGGGCAGGCCGCUAAGGGCUCCCCAGCAGGCACCGGGUGAUGGCAGGAACUCAGGUGGGGCUCCCAGGACCCUUCCCAGAGCCCCCAGUUGGGCCAUGCCCCGUCUCUGACUCCGACUCGGACUCUGAGGAUGCAGCUGUGGGUGGCACAGGACCUGGCGCUGGGGCGCAGAACCCCUCCCAGGUCAUCCACAGCGGCCACUUCAUGGUGUCGUCCCCACACUGCGACGCAUUACCCCGCCGGCGCCACGGCCACACCGAACCUGAACCGGCUGAUCCCCGGAGCAUCGACCCGACCCUCACCCAGCUCUUUGAGUGCAUGAGCCUGGAGUAUAGUGGGAAGCUGGUAUCUCCAAAGUGGAAGAAUUUCAAGGGCCUGCGGCUGCUUUGCCGGGAUAAAAUCCGUCUCAACAACGCCAUCUGGAGAGGGUGGUACAUCCAGUAUGUGGAGCGGAGAAAGAACCCUGUGUGUAGCUUCAUCACCCCACUGGAGGGGUCAGAGGCUGAUGAGCACCGAAAACCAGAGGCUGUCGUGCUGGAGGGCAACUACUGGAAGCGCCGCAUUGAAGUGGUGAUGAGGGAGUACCACAAGUGGAGGAUCUACUACAAGAAGCGGCUCCGAAAGUCAACCCGGGAGGGAGAGCUCUCCAGUCCAAAGCAGGAUGAGGAUGCCUGGAGGCCAAUGGAGAAAUGGUGCAACCAGCUCUUCUGCAAUGUGGUGCCUAUGCUGCUUGGGGAUGAGGAAGAGGAGCCAGGGGGUAGGCAGCACUUUGACUUGGACACCUUCCUCUCAGACAUCUCUGACACCCUCUUCACCAUGACACAGACACCGAGCACCCACCAGGGAUUCCCCAAGGAUGCAUAUGUUGGGAAUGCUGACAUGAUACAGCCAGACUUGGCACCCCUGCAACCCAGCCUGGAUGAUAUGGACAUCUCAGAUAUCUUCACCAGCCACCGGCCACCACCAUUGCAGAUGCAGCCAGGCUACCAGGAGCCGCCCUGCUUCGUGCCCAUGGCUGAGCCCCUGUUUGGUGGCGGGGGGUCCCUGAUGGGCACGCGGGGGCUGCCCGCCAGCCCCGAGGCCCCGCUGCCUCCUGGCACCCUCCUCCAGGUGAGCCGGACCCCAGCCCGCAUCCUGCGGCUGCCGGUGACCCGACCACCCAUCUUGACCCUCCUGUGUCUCCCACAGCCCGGUGGUGCCUCCCAGCUUGGCCUCCACGGCGCCUUCCUGGGCCCUGAGCUCCCCUCGGCCCCCCUGUCCCCUGACCCCCCUGCCACAGCACCCAGCGGCCUCAGCACCCAGCUCCGACACAAGCCCCUGCUGCAGUAUGGCCUCCCUGGCAAGUGCCACAGCCCAGAGCCUCCGGGACCCCCCUAUGCCCCCCCCAUCCAGUCCCCCAGGGCACCACUUCUGGGCCCAGACCCCCAGUUCUCCCCUGCCUCAGCCCCCCGGUCUAAGUUCCCCUAUGCUGGCUCACCUGGCCCCUCGCUCCUCGCCCACCCUGCCUCCGCCCUCUCGGCACCCUGCUUCACCACCCACACCCCUGCGCUGGGCUAUGCCGCAGGCAUGGUGCCUCCGGCACCCCCGCCGCUCCUGCCCCCCAUCCUGCUGGGCGACCCCAGGUUUGCUCCCCCAAAGGGGCUAUGCAAGAGCGGGGCUGGGCGGCUGAAGGCAAAACCCAGCAGCACCAAGGUGAAGAGGCUGCCGGGACCCACCACGCCACCCCACCUGGCCAUGCCCAACCCCUGCCUGAGCCAGCUGCUGACCACAGCUGAGCAGAAGCCCACCCUGGAUGCCCCACACCCAAUGGGUUCAGGACUCAUGCCUGCAUCCCCUGUCUCCCCGCAGAGCACUGUCCUCGAUGUCCCUGCCACCUUCCUCUCCAGAAUGGCUCAGCUGAGCCCAGGACUGGCUUCUGGAUCCAGCCCUUCCCAAGCAGUGCCAGUGCCAGUGCUGCUGGCAGGUACCCAGCCAGGCCCAGGGCUGCUCCCCAAGGCAGAGCGUCUGUCCCCCACAUCGGGUUGUGGCAGCGACUGGCCCAAGCCCAGCCGGGCUUCCCCAGGACCCACUGUGAGGCUGGGUGCUGGCAUCUCCCUGCACCACCCUGUGUCCCGGCAGGGCAGGCCUGAGUCCAGCAAGACGGAGAGCCGACGCAUUACACACAUCUCUGCCGAGCAGAAGAGACGCUUCAACAUCAAGCUGGGCUUUGACACGCUGCAAAGCCUGGUGAGCACGCUGAGUGCCCAGCCCAGCGUCAAGGUCAGCAAGGCCACCACCUUGCAGAAGACAGCCGAGUACAUCUGCAAGCUGCAGCAGGAGCGGGCGGCCCUGCAGGAUGAGGCGCAGCGGCUGCGGGAGCAGAUCAAGGAGCUCAAUGGCUCCAUCAACCUGUGCCAGGAGCAGCUGCCGGCCACGGGGGUGCCCAUCACACACCAGCGCUUUGACCAGAUGCGCAGCAUGUUCGAUGAGUAUGUCCACUCCUCCACGCUGCAGAACUGGAAGUUCUGGAUCUUCAGUAUCAUCAUCCGGCCCCUCUUUGAGUCUUUCAACGGCAUGGUCUCCACGGCCAGCAUGGAGAGCCUCACCCAGACGUCUCUCGCCUGGCUGGACCAGCACUGUUCCCUCCCAGCGCUUCGGCCAACCGUCCUGAACUCCCUCCGGCAGCUAAGCAUUUCCACCUCCAUCCUGAGUGACCCAGCCUGCAUUCCCGAGCAGGCAACAAGGGCAGUGGCGGGGAUGGGCCGUGGUGGUUCCUCCUCCUAGCUGCCCCUGGAGGGGGCAGGGGCAGGGGCUGUUGCAGUGCCCUGGCCCUGCACUCCAGGGCCUGCCGCCCCCCCGAAGUGGCUGGCACAGCAUGGGGCCCUGCCAGUGUGACACUGAGGCUCUGGGAGCUCCUGCUGGGGCCUGGCCCGGCUGCCUGGUAAAGGACUCGCUCUGCC